AUGGAGGAAGUGACUGAUGGAUGCACUGACUGGUCUGUGGAUUACAAGAAAUAUCAAGUUCUAGUGGGAGAACCUGUUCGUAUAAAAUGUGCGCUCUUUUAUGGAUACAUUAGAGCUAAUUACUCCCUAGCCCAAAGUGCUGGACUCAGCUUGAUGUGGUACAAAAGCUCUGGACCAGGAGAUUUUGAGGAACCUAUAGCUUUUGAUGGAACUAGAAUGAGCAAAGAAGAAGAUUCCAUUUGGUUCCGACCAACAGUGGUACAAGACAGCGGACUCUAUGCGUGUGUUAUAAGAAACUCAACUUACUGUAUGAAAGUGUCCAUUUCGCUGACGGUGGGUGAAAAUGACACUGGACUCUGCUACAAUUCAAAGAUGAAAUAUUUUGAAAAAGCUGAACUUAGCAAAAGCAAGGAAAUCUCAUGCCCUGAAAUAGAGGACUUUUUGUUUCCAUUUAGGGAGCCUGAGAUUCUGUGGUACAAGGAAUGCAAGUCAAAGACAUGGAGAUCAAGUAUUGGGUUUAUAAAGGACUCUCUUGUCAUUCGGGAAGUUAGAGAGGAUGACAUUGGAAAUUACACUUGUGAGGUAAAAUAUGGAAUCUUUGUUGUCAGAAGAACUACGGAAUUAACGGUUACAGCACCACUAACAGAUAAACCACCAAAGCUUUUACACCCAUUGGAAAGUAAGCUAACAAUUCAGGAGACGCAGUUAGACAUUUAUGUGAGUAUGAAUAGAGAGAAAUUAAUGCAUGAAGAAACCACUUUUUCACUCUUUUCCAAACUAGUGGAUGGUGGGUAUAUUUUGCCACUUCGAUCUUUUGCUGCCGUACAUCUAAUUAAGUAUCCAAAAUUAAGUGAAUGAAGUACUGUAGCUUACAGGAUAUAGAAAUUCUUCUCCUUUGUGGACUGACAGAUGGCAUCUUCUAAGAAACAAGCAGUCAUCAAUAAGUUAAACUGGACUUAUAAUUUGGUGUCAGAAUGGUAUCCUGUUGAUGGAUCUUUGAGCACGUUAACUAAAGACACAAAGGGAAACAAUAUGGUAGUUGUUUUAAUCCCGUGAAAAUAACUAAAAAACAAAAUGAGAUAAAAUAAAGAAAACCAAACUCGGGACAUUCUGCAGUACAACAUCAGGAAAAAAAAAUAGCAGAAUCCUUGCAAAUGAGGUUGGAGAGUCAGCAACUGAGAAUUUUAUGGUGCUCGGCAGCCUGUAGCUAAUAGUGGCCAUGAUAUAACUCAUCUUUGUUUCGCUAUUAAUAAAACAUUACAUUAUAAUUCAAGCUAUUCAAAUAAUGUUAUGGUGUUCUAUACACAUAUUUUCUGAAAGUAUUAUACAGUAAAGUGGUUAUAUUCCCUAAUACAGCUAUUUUUUUUUUCUGUUUCUGAAGACAUAAUUUCUGUGUUUGAUGACUCUUGAUGAUUUUACCUUUUUAUUCACCUACAGUUCUAGGAAUCAGAAAGCAAAGUGACUGCCCAAUUUUUUUUUCUGACUGAUGUUGGUUACUGAGAUAUUUUUAAUGAAAAAAAAAUGACAUCCUUUUUGGGCUUUGUCAGUGUUUCACCUAAUGUACUGUACUUAUUAAUUCAAUAAGAUUAAUUCAAUAAGAGUGUAACUGUUAAUGGCUAGAAGCUUUUUACCUAUGAUUUCAAGUAUUAAUAAUACCUUUUAUUUCUCAUAGUCCUAAGUAGAAUGAAUUAUUUGAGAAGUGCUGGGUUAUGGAAAAGACACUUUUCAGACAACUAAAUAGCUGUUGAUGAAUGUGAAAGGGUUAAUUUGAAAAUGUCACUUUCAGACUCAGGAUGGAAAGACUGACCAUAAAUAAAUAUGAAACAAAAGUACUUAACCUUAUACAUGUAGAAUAUAUUAAUUUGUUGUUUAAAAGUCUGUGACAAGUUGUAUGAGAGCUGGAGCAAGUGAAAAAAAAAUGAUAAUUCUCUGGCUCAAAUAUUGUUCCACUCAUAGAUUUAGUGCUUUGAUCCUUCUGGGUAAUGUUUGAAAGGGCUACGUUUCACUUUCAUUGUGGAAAGCUACCAUUAAUUUCAGUGGGCCUGUUCAUACCCUGCAAAAAAUGAAAAAUAUUUUAUCAUUGGAAUAAUGUUCAGGUUCAUUUAGCUAAACCUUAGACAAUUACCUGAGGCAGCAGCCUCCCACCCAUCUGAGGCCUGGGAUAAUCAUUACUUGCAGACUGAUCUAGAUGGUGACAGAAAACAAGAUAGCCCUCCACAGUGUGUUUAGGAUGGUGUGUUUGCCUUCUAUUAUGAAAAUAAACAUAUUGGCGGAAAGAGUGGCAUGGAAAAAGAAGAGCAAGGAGGCAGGAUCUUGAGGUAAUCUGGGAUUUCAUGCUGCAGGUCACCAGCUGGUGCAGUGCAAAGCUGGCACAGUCUUCUCUGCUCACAUCUCUGUACUUCUUAUCUCCCGGUCCUCCAC